UGGCAGGCUCCAGGACAACCAGCGCCAGGAACGACGGGAACGGUCAGCGCAGUGAGCUGUCUGCAGUAGCGCCAAGCAACACAAUCGGCUUUUCCCUGCCGCUUCCACACCGGAUCGGCCAAUCAAGAACUCACCAGCCACAAUUUUCCCACGGCCAUCGUGAAGCUCUGGCACCUUCCCGCCUCUGAUUUUCCCCAAAGGGUUGCUUCCCGGCGACUCCAGCGCCGAGCUCCAAAACACAGGGCAAUCAAACACCAUGUUUCGUCCCUUGCUCAAAAUGGCGCCUGUUUCCUCCCGAUCUUGCUCUCUCUCUCUCUCUCGUGCUCUUCUCUUCACUCUUCCACUUUAUUACCAGGUAGUCCAUUAAGCUAUCCCCAUACCACAACGGAUACUCCAUCACAACAGGAACUAGGAACCCCGCGCUCGUGGCAUUACGGCACAUUUUCCACCUCCCACGGGUACCCCUGCCACCGACCUCCGGAUCCAUCCUUGAUCGUGCCUUAUCUUUGCGACGCCCGCCGCAUCCAUCUCGCUCGAUUUUGUGGAAAGCUUCCUCUCUCCCCCUCUCCGUCACAACAACACAAACCAAACCAAAAACAAGUCCAACCUUCGCCAUGCGUCAAUCCAUCCUCCUCGCCGCCCUCUCCGCGGUCACUGGUGUUGUUUCCCAGAACCAAAACUUCACCAUCGACAUCACCAAGGUCGAGGCCUCCACAAGAUCCGGAUGGUGCACUGCCCAGUUCAACUCUUGCGGCCUACUCUGCUUCGGCUCCCUCCAAAAGAACGACUGCGAACCUUCUGACCUGACUUACGAAUGCCUUUGCUCCAAUGGCACCACUCCCGGUCUUGACUAUUACGCCAACACCCUCCCUACUUUCAUCUGCGAGGAAGCCUUCAGCCAGUGCACCGCCGAGAGACAAGGUGGCAGCGCUUCCGAGCUGAGGAAGUGCACCACCGACAUCAAGGACCACUGCGGUACCCUCGACCCCAAUGACGCCACCCCCGGUGGCGGCAGCAGCAACGACGAGGACGAGGACGAGGCUAGCACCACUUCUCCCACCAACACCCAGGGCGCCGCUCAGACCAACCCUCCCGGCACGUCGACUUCUCAGGCUGCCGCUCCUACCAACUUUGGAAACGGCAUUGCUGCCGUUGCUGCCGGUGUUUUUGCUGCUGCUCUUCUUUGAGCGUAGUAGUAAUACGGGCUACACGGUGGUGAGGAGACGGGUAGUGCUGAGCGGCAGCUUAUGGUGGUGAAUAAUACCGCGUAAUGAGAGUCAAUACCCUUGGUCUAUGCGUCAAGAGUGUGGCGGCGGUCGAUCGUGGAAUCUUUUGUGGUUCUUGUAUUGAUUUCUCUUCCUCUGGACAGAAGAAAGGCUUUGUUUUGAUUUUGCAUCAGCCGGCCUAUAGGGACCUUAAUGUUGCAUGAGAAGAAUGCUAAUGAUCCGGCUGAUGAUAUGUAACCAGAGAGAGAGAGAGAGAGAGAGAGAGAGAGAGAGAGAGAGAGAGAGAGAGAGAGAGAGAGAGAG